AUAACUGCACUGAUUCUGCUGUUUGGAUAGCUGACAUGAGGUUGGUCAGUGCUGGGGUCCGGGCCCGGAGGGCUGCAGAGCCGUCUGAACCAGAGCCCGAGGAAGCAACGGAGCCCGUUCAUCAUGAACACUCCCAUUCAGAACACCAUGAGCACUCCCAUACAGAACAUCACCCUGGGCACGACUACAACCAUAUGAAGAACAAGUUCAUGAAUGAACUCAGUCAUCUGCCAAUUCCCAUGUGGGCAGUAGGAGCCAUUGUUGUGGUGGUCCUGGUAUUGGUGGCAUGCUUCAUCUUCUGUAUUUUCAAAAAAUGCUUUGGGAAAACGAAAAAGCCAAAGAAAGUAAGGGAAAGGAAAGCAGGACGCCGCAGAAAAGCAAAGGAAGGUGAAGGAGAGGCUGGAGAGAAGGAGGGGGAGGUGAAGAAGGAAGGGGAGGAAGAGGAGAAAGAACAGGAAAAGUUGGGUAAGCUGGAGUUCUCCUUGGACUACAACUUCACAGAUUCCCAGCUCAUAGUGGGUAUCCUUCAGGCUCAGGACCUUGCUGCUAUGGACAUGGGGGGAACCUCAGACCCCUAUGUCAAAGUCUUUUUGUUGCCAGACAAAAAGAAGAAGUACGAGACCAAGGUUCAACGCAAGAAUUUAUGCCCUGUUUUCAACGAGACUUUCAUCUUCAAGAUCCCGUAUGCAGAGUUGGGCGGAAAGACUUUGGUGCUGCAAGUUUUUGACUUUGACCGUUUCUCCAAGCAUGAUAUGAUUGGUGAGAUAAAGAUUCCCAUGAACAGUGUUGAUUUGGGCCAGCCAAUGCAACAAUGGAGAGACUUGGAGAGUGGUGAGAAGGAAGAGCAAGAAAAACUGGGUGAUAUUUGCAUUUCUUUACGGUAUGUACCCACUGCUGGGAAACUGACAGUGAACAUCAUGGAGGCAAAGAAUCUGAAGAAAAUGGAUGUUGGUGGCUUGUCAGAUCCAUAUGUGAAGAUUGUUCUACAGCAAAAUGGAAAACGCAUCAAGAAGAAAAAGACGACAGUCAAGAAAAACACGCUCAAUCCCUACUUUAAUGAAAGUUUUAGCUUUGAUGUCCCCUUUGAGCAGAUACAGAAAGUACAGGUCGUCAUCACAGUGUUUGACUAUGAUAAACUUGGGAGCAAUGACCCCAUUGGAAAGACCUUCAUGGGUUAUGGAGCUACAGGAGUCGGCCUGAGACACUGGUCAGACAUGCUGGCCAAUCCCAGACGUCCAGUAGCCCAGUGGCACACUCUUCUGCCAGAAGAGGAAGUUGAUGCAGCAGUCAAAGCAAAACCUCGCUAGAGUCACUCCUGCCUUGUUUCAGGAAACAUACUGCUGAUAUGUUUCUUUGUGUUAACCCUUAUGUUUUCUCAAUUUGCAUGUUCAGUUUUCCAUACAUUCUGUUUCUUUUGAGGUACUUUAUAUGUUUAUACGUGUGCGGGUGUGAUGUAUUGAUAUGUUUUUUGACAUUUGAUUGUUAUUAGCCCUUCUCUGCCCUAUAUACCUGUUACACCUGUAAACCAAUAUGAUUUGUAUACAUGGGAAACACAAAAAUGUAAAGGUGCAACUCUUGCGUAUGCUCUUGCAUGGGCUUAGAAAUAUUUUGCGGUAUAAAGGAAGGUUUUCAAGGUUAUUCUGUUUUCUUCUGAGAAGUUGGUUGACCCAGAAGACAUGACAGAGCUUCUACAUCUCAUGUUAUGUACGCUGGACCUUUUUGCUCAUUUUGCAGCACUGUUGUGCACCAGAGUCCUGGAAAAUGCUUGUUGUAAUUCUCUGGAUCUUUUCAAAUGAAAAUAAACUUACAAUGGCC